AUGGUUUUCAAGCCCUUUAAACCUCCUUUGAUCAGGAACCAGGAAAAAUCCACUGAAAAGCCAGAUGAGCAGGAGCAUCCCACCAAGAAGCCGCGUCUUGACAAGGAAGACCCGGCGGUCGACUCUGAAACGCGACCUGCCACGCUCGCGGGUCGAAAGCCUCUACUGCAAGUUCAAAAUGUCGGCAAGGAUUCAACGGUGAAAGCACGACCUGGCGCCGUCUCAAAAGAAGAUGCCUCAUUUGAGAGAUUCUUCAAUGCGCUCUGGAGAAAGCCGAGCACGAAGAAGAACAAAACUUGGGAUGGAGAUGGAAUACUCGCAUCCCGCCAAGGGUUCGUCUACCUACGCGACAUAGGCGGCAAGGAAAUGGGACGUGCCAUGUACGAAUCGAGCCUCGAGCCAGGGACCAUGCUCUAUGUUGGCGGGAAAGAAGUCGAAGUCGACUCCGAGAUACCCCGCGCGCAAUUCUUGUCUUCGAGGAAAUUUGCCCCGGACUCGAAAGCCGCACCGUCGCCCCCUGUACCUUCCAAGAAAACACCGCUGCCUACAUCGAGGAGGACUGAAGGACGCAUCUCCUCGCUCGCCAUAGCUACCGGCUCCUUGAAGCGGAACUCUUCAGCGCUGGAAACUGGAACUGGUGCUAAAAAGUCCGGAUUGAGCGCAUAUAAAAAGCCUUUGCUGGAGGACACCGUUAUUCCGAUCAGCGCAGACAAGAUAGUCCCGCGGCAUGAUCCCAAGGCGGCGGGGGCAUUGGUUAUGCCUCGCCCAAAAUCGGUUCCAAAAGGAAAGCAGAUCGUGGAUGUUGUCGUGGAUCCUUUGUUGUCAAAGAACCUGCGACAACACCAGCGAGAGGGUGUUAAGUUUCUCUAUGAGUGUGUGAUGGGGAUGCGAGACUUCAACGGAGAAGGUGCGAUUCUUGCGGACGAUAUGGGCUUGGGAAAGACCCUACAGACAAUAACUUUGUUAUGGACAUUGCUAAAGCAGAACCCUAUCUACGGAGACGCCCCGGUCAUUCAAAAAGCCUUGAUUGUCUGCCCGGUGACUCUUAUCACGAACUGGAGAAAGGAGAUUCGCAAGUGGCUUGGAAAUGAGCGGAUUGGCGUUUUUGUUAUGGAUGACAAUCGUAAACGCUUGACAGAUUUUACCAAGGGUAAAGCCUACAGCAUCAUGAUUGUAGGAUAUGAGAAACUCCGAACAGUGCAAGAGGGCCUAGCCAAGGGAUCUGGUGUCGAUAUCAUCAUUGCAGAUGAGGGUCAUCGCCUGAAAACCCUACAAAACAAAAGUGGACAAGCUAUUCAAUCCCUCAACGCGGCAAAGAGGGUCAUUCUCUCUGGAACCCCUAUCCAAAACGACCUGCGAGAGUUUUUCGCAGCAGUCGAUCUAGUCAACCCUGGCGUCCUCGGAAAUUUCAAAUCGUUUAUUCGGGAUUUUGAAACGCCAAUCGUUCGAAGCAGACAACCGGAAGCAACUGGCAAGGACAUUGAGAAAGGCGAGUCCCGAGGUGAAGAACUGAGGGAAUUAACCUCGAAGUUUAUUCUUCGCAGAACUGCUGAUGUCCUGGCCAAGUAUCUACCGCCAAAAUCCGAAUAUGUUCUCUUUUGCAACCCAACUCGCGCUCAGGCCAACAUCUACCAAGCCGUUCUUGCAUCACCCAUUUUCCAGACUGCCAUGGGAAAUGCCGAAAGUGCUCUCCAACUGAUCACAAUCCUGAAGAAACUCUGCAAUAGCCCAUCCCUGCUAUCCGCAAAGAACAAUGACAAGAAGCCCAGCGAAACUAUUACUGCCCUUUUGGAGUCGUUACCCCCCAACCUCAUGCGUCAUUUUUCUCCAUCGGCAAGCGCCAAAGUCCGGGUAAUGGACCAAAUAUUGGAUAGCAUGAGUACAAAAACCAAGGAGAAAAUCGUGCUGGUCUCCAACUAUACCUCUACCCUGAAUCUAUUAGCAACACUUCUCACCUCUCUUGGUCUGCCUUUUCUCCGAUUAGACGGCAGUACUCCCGCCCAGAAACGACAGCCACUUGUCGACGAAUUCAACCGUUUGCCUGCUGAAUCGUGCUUCGCUUUCCUCCUAUCCGCAAAAGCAGGUGGUACAGGCCUCAACCUCAUCGGUGCCAGCCGACUUAUUCUUUUCGAUGUGGACUGGAACCCUGCGACAGACAUCCAGGCCAUGGCUCGUAUUCACCGUGAUGGACAAAAGAAUCAUUGUCGCAUCUAUCGCGUGAUUCUGAAGGGUAGCUUGGAGGAAAAGAUAUGGCAACGGCAGGUCACGAAACUUGGGUUGGCCGACAGUGUCAUGGAGAACAAGGACAGUGUUUCCCAAUUCUCCUCCGCCGAAUUACGGGAUCUCUUUCGUCUCGACGAGGGAAGCCUCUGUCAAACACACGAUCUACUGGGAUGCGAGUGUGGGGGCAAAGGCAUUACAUCGCUACCAUCAUCCGGGGUGGUUACCCCGACCGAACGGAAGGUCGACAGCGAUUCAGAGCUUUCGGAGUUGAGCGAUAUCGGGUCAGAUGCAGAUUUGCCUGAAUUGGAUAUUCCUGCCUUAAUCAAAGCUUCAGAGGUCGACAUGGAAAAGCAAGAGCGUUCCAUUCGGGAAUCGCGCCGCAAAUCGACGAAGAAAGAAGGAGGCAAGGUCAAGGAUCAAAAAGAGAAAAUGCACCAGUCGCUCGCCCAGUACAUGCAUAUCAACCCGGCCUUACUCGCAUCGGGUACCGACGAGGAUGAAGAGAUUGCUGCUGCUGUCGAUGAUGAUGUGCUUGUGUCCUUACUCAAAGACGAGUGCAACCGAAUCGGGUAUAUCUUCAAGAAGACCAGUGGAGCGGAAGUGGAAACACGCAGUCCACCACCAGAAAAGAAAUAA